CCAAGAAGCGAGUCCGCUUCCGCUGGUUUGUCGCUUGCGCCAGGCGGACAGACGGACGGGGAGGCGAGGGAGCAAGCGCGCGUACUCGGACCUGACUCCGCAUAAAGCCAUGGCAGCCAUCCGGAAAAAGCUUGUGAUUGUGGGAGAUGGUGCCUGCGGGAAGACGUGCCUGCUGAUUGUGUUCAGCAAAGACCAGUUUCCAGAGGUCUAUGUCCCAACCGUCUUUGAAAACUACAUUGCUGACAUUGAAGUAGAUGGAAAACAGGUGGAGCUGGCUCUCUGGGACACAGCUGGGCAGGAAGACUAUGACAGGCUGCGACCCCUUUCUUAUCCAGAUACAGAUGUUAUCCUCAUGUGCUUUUCCAUUGACAGUCCAGACAGUUUGGAGAACAUACCAGAGAAGUGGACCCCUGAAGUGAAGCACUUCUGUCCCAAUGUGCCCAUCAUCCUUGUGGGAAACAAGAAGGACUUGCGGAAUGAUGAGCACACCCGCAGGGAACUGGCCAAGAUGAAACAGGAGCCAGUGAAGCCAGAGGAAGGAAGAGACAUGGCCAACAGGAUCAAUGCUUUUGGCUACCUCGAGUGCUCAGCCAAGACGAAAGACGGAGUGCGGGAAGUGUUUGAAAUGGCCACUCGAGCUGCCUUGCAAGUCAGGAAGAACAAAAAGCGCAAAGGCUGCCCUCUCCUGUGAAAGGAGAGCAUCUGCAAAGGUUGUGACUGUACUGUCUGAAGUAACUCUCUUUCCACACUCCCCAUGGAUACAAGUGUGGGGUAGCGGUGGGGAGGAAUAAUGUUAGCUCUGCUAGAGGAAGAAUUUAACAGACUAGCUGUGUCCUUCACUCCUCUGCACACUACGGGGUGGCUGGGACACAGUGUAGGUAUCUCAAGGUCUUUCUUUGUGCCUAGGCUCUCUUCACCCAUUCACCUUGUGCUUGAGAGCCAGAGAUAACACUUGAAUCCAUUUUGUAAAGAUCUUCAUUUUUAUAUAGGGCAGACAGUGCAUCUGAACUAAUUCUGUAUUGCUCUUCCUAUUUUAUAUAGUCCUUCUACUGCUUGUACAAAUUCACCAGUGCUUAUUCUGUCUUUCUGUUCUUGCAGACUAGGGAAGCUAGAUUUCUGAAUAGUACAACUUGUGAAUGUGUGAAGUUGAACAUACCCACCAACCUCUUUCCUCAAACUUGCUGAAACAAGUGGUCAGCUCUUGCCAAAAUGUCUACCUGUAUUCCUCUGAGGAACUGUGUUCUGCCAUGGUCAGAAUUGCUCACUACUGUUCUUUUAUUCUGGGGACAGAGUUUUGCCUUGUGUUUUGGCAAUAUUAUAUUACUUCUCUUUCUUCAUUAAAUUAACUCAGACAUAA